AUGCACCCAAUUGAUGAAACAUGCACUACGCACCCAAUUGAUGACACAUGCACUACGCACCCAAUUGAUGACACAUGCACUACGCACCAAAUUGAUGACCCAUGCACUAUGCACCCAUUUGAUGACACAUUAUGCAAUAUGCACAUAAUUGAUGACACAUGCACUACGCACCCAAUUGAUGACACAUUAUGCAAUAUGCACCCAAUUGAUGACACAUGCACAACGCACCCAAUUGAUGACACAUGCACUACGCACCCAUUUGAUGACACAUUAUGCAAUAUGCACCCAAUUGAUGACACAUGCACUACGCACCCAAUUGAUGACACAUGCACUACGCACCCAAUUGAUGACACUUGCACUACACACCCAAUUGAUGACACAUGCACUACGCACCCAAUUGAUGACAUGCACUACGCACCCAAUUGA